AUGGAUGAAGGGGUUCUAGAGUAUAAAAGCACACUACCUCUGAGCAUGUCAGUCAUCGGAAAUAUUCAAUCACUCCCAUCACAGCUCAAAGGAAUAAUGUUCGCUCAGGUUCUUCUCGCCACUCUUCUUGGAUAUGCCGCGGCUGGCGUCCCUGCCUAUCGGCCUGAAGCAGCUUUUGGCUAUGGCGCUCCUCUGGUAGCUGCUCCAGCCGUACUCAAGGGCGUUGAAGCCGAACCCGCUUAUCCUCCUCAGCCAUAUGAGUUUGGAUACGACACCGUUGACGAGUACGGAACACGGCAGAGCCGCCAGGAAUCCAGCGACAACGCCAACCAGAAGAAGGGCUCUUACAGCUACACCGAUGCGAACGGCAUCUUCCGCCAGGUUCACUAUGUCGCCGAUGCCGACGGAUUCCGCGCCACUAUUCAUACCAACGAGCCAGGCACCGCUUCUGGAGAAACGGGAGGCGCCCUCUACGACGCCAAGCCAGUGGAGGCCAAAGAAGCCGUAAAAAGUGCCGCUGCAUACGCUGCUCCUUCGUACGCAGCUCCCGGUUACCUCUACGGCAAAUACUAA